UUAGGUAAAUACACCAGUUUAGAAUGAACCUUACUAAUGGAUUCUAAACGACGCCAUAUUUCAACUCUGUGUGAUCCCUGUCUAUGUUUGGAACAUAGAAUAGGUAUGCUAUACAAAGAAAGAUACAGAAGGAAACUUUUUCGCUCAUAGAGGGCGCUUGUAGAAUAACAGCUGUUUUCAUUGUCCACUACAAACCUUCGAUUGAUUAAAUAAUAUGAAAUAGACUGAAAUGACUAUCUUAACGAUUAGAAGAAAUGAUUCUGAAUCGAAUAUAUCAGUUACGCAACCUGCCAAUAAAUUUGGAGUAUUUGGAAUUAAACCAAGAUUCCUACAAAAUUGCAAUAAUGCAUUGGUUGCCUGUUUUUGGCUAACAAUUGCUAGAACCUUAUCAUCAGCUUUAACUGCUGGAGUUGUUGGAUCUACGCUUCCUCACGUUGAGAAGAGAUUUGGAUUUACUAGCAGACAAUCCGCUAUUUUCAUAGCAAUUUUUGAUUUCGCAAGCAUUCCGUCCCUGAUACUGGUUUCCGUAUUAGGUGCACAAUGCCACAAACCAAAAGUAAUCGGAUUUGGAAUGUUACUCCUGAGUGCCUCGUGCAUAGUCGCUGUUCUUCCUCACUUUUUUACAUCAUCGUACGUUCCAAAGGUGGAGAAAAAUGAAAAUGAUUCGCAUAUUCUAUGUGGAGAGUCUGAAUAUCAAGGCUGCCGAGUUGUCGAGAAAAAACUAAUAUCCUCAACACAUUGGGCUUUGGGUUGCUUAAUUAUGGCUAGGAUAUUAUGUGCUUUUGGUAACACUCCGCUAAACACUCUUGCUUAUAAUUACAUGCAUGAUGUGGCUCGGAAAGAACAUUUCAACAUUGCAGUAGCGGUUUUGAACAUGGCAAUGAUGAUUGGAACUGCCGUGGGUUAUCUCGCUGGUGCAGCAACACUAGAGUUACCUCAUACCUGGCCAGCAAAAGCUGAUUUCUCAAAGUCUAAUCCAAAUUAUGUUGGUGCCUGGUGGUUAAGUUAUAUUGUAAUUGCCUUGGCAACUUUGAUAACUUUUAUACCUAUUUCCGCUUUUCCACGUGAUCUACCUGGUGCAGAGGGAAUUCGAAGAAAUAGAAAAACAGAAGCACACAAGGGCCAAGAAGAUGAUGAGACAGCCAUUUUCGUACACUGGAGAGAUAUGGGGGCGCACGCGAAAAGAUUAAUAAAAAAUUUUCCUUUCCUUGCACUUGCAAUGUAUUAUUCAGUAAAUUAUUCAACAACAAAUGGGUUUGCUGAUUUUGCACCAAAACUGGUCCAAGUAGGUUUUGGUUUAAGCGCUUCAAAAGCGGCAUUAGCAGCUGGAACAACGUUAGUUCUGGCUGCACCAUUCGGAACCAUUUUGGCAACUUUUAUUAGUACCAAAUUUAAGUUCUCUUGCAAAAAUUUAUUGACUUGGGUAUGCAUCAUCUCUUUCACUGCAACAACUUUUGCUCCAAUUCUCUUAGCUCCUUGUCAAGGUCCAGCAUUAAGACAUACUGAUUACAAUUGUCUCACCAACUUCUGUAGAUGUUCUGAUAAUGAAAUUCAGGCUGUUUGCGGAUCUGAUGGGUAUACUUACGAGUCUGCCUGUCAUGCAGGAUGUCUUUCGGCAAAUUCUACUACGGAUUUUCAUAAUUGUCAAUGUUUAAUUAAUUCAACACAAUCAGCAAAAGCAGGCGUCUGCCCUCACCCUGGAUGUGGAUGGAGACUUCCCGUUUUCUUGGGAUUAGUAUUUAUAUUUUGCGCAUUGCUAUUCGCUGAGCAAACAUUAGCGACGACGGCCACCGUCAGAAUUGUUGGCGCGUCUCAGAGGCCAAUGGCUAUAGCCCUUAAGUGGACAGGAAUUCGUUUGAUAAGUCCUAUUUUUGGUCCAUUUAGUAUGGGAAUUAUAUUUGAUUCUGCUUGUCAGCUCUGGAGUAAAAAAUGUGGAGCUCGAAGAUCCUGUGAAAUGUAUGAUACUCAUGACUUGUCAAUGAAGAUGAUGAUCUUGCAGUUGUUCAUUCAUGUCAUAUCUACUGUUUUAGCAGCAGUCGCUAUUGGAUGCUAUCGCAAGCCAUCAAAUAAUUCGAUAAGAAACGACGAAUUAGAAAAAAUGGCAGAUCAACAAACUGAGAAAAGGUCCAAUCCUGAUAAUGAUGAUUGAGAAUAUGUCAAAACUUUUGAAUUUUUAAAAAGCAAACUUUCUACAAUUUUUCAAGAAAAGUGAGAAAUCACUAUAAUAACUGAUUAUAUCUCAAAAUGACUUUUUAUAAAUUGUAUUUUUUUGCACGUUUAACUAAAAUAUCAUAUGCAGUAUGCCUAUUUUAUAUUUUCAUAUAAGAGACUUUUUCUAAUGAUAUUACGAAACCCUUCAUGAUGUGCUACGUAUUGUAUUUAUUUACAAAAUAAAUAUCUAUAUUAAUUUGUUUAAAA